UGUAUAUAAUAAAAUUAUUGAAAUAAGCACAAAUGAAUAUAUGAAAAAUGAAUUAAAUGGAAUUGAUUUCAAGUGCAAUAUUUCUCUUGAAGAUUUUGAGGAUGAUCCAAAAGAGAUAUCAAAUAAAAUAAACAAUACAAUAGGCAAAAAUGAUGGAUACUAUUACAUAUAA